AUGAAUCUUUUAACAAGUUGUGUGGCAAUUCCUCUUGUUGUGUUGGGAAUCACCAUUAGCAAUAUGAGCACACCAGUCAGUGGGAAGAAGCUGGAAAUCACCAUAGCUAAUGACUUGGGGAAUUUUUUGAACCUGACAGUUCAUUGUGUUUCUCCUGCAAAGGAAUAUGAUUUAGGGUUCCAAGUUGUUCCUUAUGGAGGAAGGUAUCAAUGGUUUGCGCAUGAUAGUUCUUACCUUUGCGACUUGGCAUGGCAUAAAAAAUAUGGCCGUUUUCUUAUUUAUGAAUCCAGAAGAGAUAAUCGAAGGUGUAAAGGUUGGUGCUUUUGGCGAAUAGCUCAGGAAGGUUUGUAUCUCCAUCUUGCAAAGCCUGCAGAUAGAGAUGAAUUGGAGUUUACAUGGGAUUAA